UCAUUUUUUCCUUCGUGAGUCUCACGUUUCAUUGCCAAUUGGCUGCCACUUGCUGCCGAAAAACUCUCGCUCUGCCCCUCUCUGAGAAGUGCUUCCAAUUUCCACAUGCUAAGUUCCUCGCCCAGCCCUCCCUUGGCCACCAAAACAUUGUUGUCGACAUAAAUCCUUCUCAUUACAUCAAUACUCAUCCUGAUAUGGACUCUGAGGACGUGUUCGAGCAUUACAGGGCUGCUGCCGCCUCUUCUGGCCAGAAGAAGAACAGCAAGAGGGCUCGGGGGGAGAGCAGUAAAACUGCCUCAAAGAAGGCCCGAACUGACGACCCUCCGGCUACUGCCCCUUCGAAGGAGAAUUCACCACCUCCAUCACCACUCGAGCAGCCAACCUCAACUCCUUCGGUCGAUCAAACUUCCAAUCCUGCAACACCCAUCGACGAACAGCCUUCUCCUAAGGCUCCUAGCAGCCAAACAUUGCGUACUCAGCCCGAAGGCUCCCUGCCCAGUAUCGUGGUCAGCUCUGCCAGGGAGAGAAUAUACAAGCUCUCCAAGCAUAAAUGCAGUCAGGGACUACUGACCAUAACCGCUGGCUGGCGCCGUGCUGGGGCGUUGGUGUCUCGGGGCAGGAAUUUCGAUACCAGGCUCGCCGAGGCUAAGAAAGCACUCGAAGCUAAAAAAAAUGAGCUUACUAAACAGAUUGGCGAGUUGCUUGAGGAGAAAACGGAGCUGUCUAAGCAGAAAGAAGAACUGCUCGAGCAAAAAGCUACUCUAACCGAGGAGUUGCUGGAAACUCAGAACGCCCUGAAGAAAUCCAACGAAGCCAGGGAAAAAUUCAGGGAAAGCGCCACACUCAACUAUCAACAAGCUAUACAGCUCGAGCUUGAUCUGAUCGCAAGUAGGCAGGAGGCGGAGGAACUCGGAAAACGAGUGAAAGAGCUUGAGGAAGCUGGAGCUAAGAACUUGGAGAAAUACAAGGAAGCCACUCACCUUGGCUUCUACAAGUUCUGGAAGCAAAACCAGGAGGCUAACUUCAACUAUCUGUCAUAAUGCUUGAGGAGGACUUUAAUGUCGCAGUGUGUCAUUCGCCUAGAAGAAGAAGAGAGGGUUGAAGUGCCUGCCUCCCCAGAGAUUUCCCUGGCAGUGGGGAUAGAUGGUGCAGACACUGAAGCUGGCACAGCCGUCGACCAAGACGUUCCUCAAGACCCUCCAGCUCCUUAACCUUUUUUUCUGUUAUUUU